GUUGCUUCACGCAACCCCAUGGUUCAAGUCUCAAGGAAGUUGCCAUCCCUACACCCUUCUUGGCCCCAUUACCUCGGCCUUUUGUCUAUUUCCACUGCAUUACUAGCUGGUUUUGCGCGUUAUUUCCUGAUAGACCGACAUGACCCUUUACACUGCGAUUCUUUGUUAAACACUGGUAGCUGGUUGGACGAGGACAAUAAGCAAUGGCAACCUGAUGGCUGUAUGCUUCAUUCUUACAAGCCUGACGAGACUUCUACUUGCCUAGCUUCUAAGCGCGUGGUUUUCAUUGGGGACUCCAUUACGCGCACACUGUAUUUCCAGUUCGCGCACUCGAUUGACCCGAAACUCCCUGCCUCCGUUCCCGAUGAUCGAAGAAAACAUAGCGACCAUUCCUUGAUCUCAGGGUCCGGAACAAUGGUCGACUUCUAUUGGGACCCAUACCUCAAUACGUCGCAUGUAACCAACUUCUUGAAGGACCCAGUACCCUCCGUCGCUGGGGGAGAAGCGGAAGUGCCUGCUCUUUUGGUUUUAGGAUCAGGUCUUUGGUAUCUGCGUUACACAGAUUCUUCAGGCGGUCUCCCCGCAUGGGAGGCAAAUGUGGAGAACAUCCUCAACACAGUAGAGAAGUCACGCAGUCCGCCCGCUGAGAUGAUAGUUUUCCUUCCCGUUGAAGAAGUCGUUUCCGACAAAUUAUCUCCAGAGCGCUCAGAGACCAUGCAUGCUUCUGACAUAGAUGCCAUGAACUCGGAUCUAUACCACCGCAUUCACCCGGCUUCGUCGGAUCCGUUGGCCCUCCUCUCCAGCACUGCCCGUACGUCUUCGGUCCACCUUCCUCUCGUUUUCAACCAGAUGUUAGAUGCAUCUCAAACUAUGGACGGGCUUCACUUCGAAAAUUCUGUCGUGAAGACGCAGGCGAAUGUACUAUUGAAUCUCCGCUGCAAUAAUGCCUGGGCUCCUGCUUUUCCCUUUGACAAGACGUGUUGCAGAGCUUAUCCUUGGCCAUCUUUCACAUAUCUUGUUCUACUGUGUGCCGUGUUCUCAUGGGGUCCUGCGAAAUAUAUGCUUGCUCGUCGGCGGGGGGAAACGUUUGAAGAAAUGAAGAAGGGUGUCCUCCCUGCAAUCAUAUUUAGCGGUGCAUUUGCUAUGAUCUUCGUGGCUGAUCGCACUAGUUAUUGGAACAAAGAACAAAAGUACUAUGACACGUGGUCUUUCGCAGCGUUGAACGCGUGCGCCCUGCUUGUUGGAUUGGCAACCCUCAAAAGGACAGACAAGGACCUUGGCUUUUUGAAUCGUGACCAAACGGACGAAUGGAAAGGCUGGAUGCAAAUUGCCAUCCUGAUAUAUCAUUAUCUGGGAGCUUCCAAGAUAUCUGGGAUAUACAACCCUAUUCGUGUGUUGGUUGCCGCAUAUCUGUUCAUGACAGGAUAUGGACACACAACAUUCUAUGCAAAGAAGGCCGACUUUGGAUUUUCACGCAUCACACAGGUACUCGUUCGGCUUAAUAUCCUGACGCUGAUCCUUGCCUAUACGAUGAACACUGAUUACCUUUCCUACUAUUUCGCGCCGCUGGUGUCUAUGUGGUACCUCAUCAUAUAUGCGACGAUGGCUAUCGGCUCGCAGUUCAACGACCGGAUGCCCCUACUUCUCGGAAAAAUUGUCACCUCUAUGUGUCUGUUUACUGCUUUCAUGAAGUCUGAGUGGCCAUUACAGCUACUUUUCGGCUUCUUGGAGUAUGUGUUUGAUAUCCGUUGGUCGGCACGGGAGUGGACAUUCAGGGUCACUCUUGAUCAAUACAUUGUCUACUUUGGAAUGUUGGCUGCACUAGCUGUCAUCAAAGUACGAGACUAUAGGCUGACCGACCAUCCUCUGUGGCCAUUGACCGUUAAAGUCUCUGUUGGACUAUCCGGUCUGGCAAUGCUGUGGUUCUUUGUUUUCGAACUAGAUCAAGAAAGCAAGUUCACCUACAACGGCUGGCACCCUUACGUGUCAUUCAUUCCAAUCACCGCUUUUGUCAUUCUACGCAAUGCUUCCCCUCUCCUGCGGUCGUGUUCUUCUCGGGCGUACACAUUCAUAGGCAAAUGCUCCCUCGAGACUUUCAUCAUCCAAUUCCAUUUGUGGCUCGCUGCCGAUACCAAAGGCGUUCUUUUGGUCUUGCCAGGUACCAAGUGGCGACAUCUUAAUUUUGUUGUCUCAACGAUCCUCUUCGUCUAUGUGUCUGACCAAGUGGCACAAGCAUCUGGAGAGGUGACAAGCUGGAUUUGUGGCGGUGGGAAGGAUAAAGGGCUACCAACGUCCAACACUGCCUCAAGUGGAAGAGGAGCUGGCUCAAAUCCGUCAGGCGCAGAGAGUGUUCCUCUCACAUCCCAACAAACAGAACAUGACAAGCCCGCCGAAGCCCGAGAACCUGAUACACCAACGAGGCCCCUUCGCUGGGUGGAUCGCCUCGCAGAAGGCCCGCCCCGCCUCACUGCUGGCUCUAGCUUAUGGACAGGUGCACAAAAGUGGGAGUUUGGAGUAAAGACUAAGCUUGCCACUUGUAUGGCUGUGAUGUGGUUGUUGAAUUUGCUUUGGGUAUACCCAUAAUACCAGUCAUUUACCUUUAACAUUUAGAUGCUAAUACAUAGAGUGCAUCCGUGAAUCCAAGUCAAAA